AUGACACCCACUUUCAAUAUCGAAGAACUUGCACACAAAGUAUUUCAUGACAACUUUGGCGGGAUCUUGGGAAAUGAGUGUAAGCACUGGAUGGACUCCGGUGCGGAGCAUCCAUCUUCCGCCACUAUCAGCCUGACCUCUGUCGGUCUCGCUGCACUCGCCAUUGUCCAUAAAGAUCCCGAUAUGAUGGAUCUGGCGCGAAGAAAAUAUACCUUUGCUAUAAGGGUCCUUAAUAAAGCAAUUAUUGCCCAUCAGGACUCUAAAAUUGAGCAAUCUGUCGCUGGAAGUUUUAUCUUGUCUAUCUUCGAGUUGACGUUUCAGAUGAUAACAUGCGAUAACCAAUCCUCUUCACGUGCCUGGCAAAAGCAUGUCCAUGGCGCUGCUGCAUUCUUGGGCUAUUUGUGUUCUGCCAAUGGUCUGCCAGUCUCACCGGUGAAAGAACUUAUAGAGAUCUGCUAUACCACAACACUUGCGUGUCUUACCAGUGGCAAAACAGUCCCGCGAUUCUUACUGGAAUUACCAGGUCGCUUUGGAGCGUCAUCAAAUGCCUCACAAGGCGACGAGGAUCCCUUGUUGUCAGCAAUGAGACUUUUUGCUAUUAUGGGUAUCUUGGUGAAUAUUCGUAACUUGGCAAAUCAAAGCUUUGCUCCAUCAAGCCGGCUAGUUGAACUGGCCUUACAAAGUGAUCAAGCCCUCCAAAACUGGGCAACUUCACUUCCUGCAUCGUGGACUUAUCACGAGGUUCCCGAAGGACCACAACACAUUUAUCAGGACGUCUGGUAUGCUCGAAUGUGGAAUCACUAUCGUUUAGCCCGCAUUCUAGCCAACCGGAUAAUCAUCGACAAUUUCGAUAUACUGUCUCCCGCAAUGUUGUCGGGUGAUCAUUUCAAACUACAACAUGACCAGUCAUAUGAGAUCAUUUCGCUCCUGUCACAUGAGAUUUACAUCAGCCUGCCCUUCAUGUUGAACUCGGAACAAAGGCCUGCUACCUCUAUGCCGCUCUCGGCAGCCAUUUUCUUUACAAUCACUCUGUUGCAAUCUUUGUUGGAACUCACAGAUAGAGCUACUCUCAUUCAGGACUGGUCAUCUCCAGCAUCUGAGAUCCUUGGGGAGAGGUUUACUUUCACGAAGGGCAUCGUGAUGCAGAAUCUUCACUGA